AUGUUAGGGGGAACAUUUGGGCUAAAAUCUGAUCGUUCACAAGGGAAGGUGUAUGUGCCUCGCUCUCAGUCGACAAGUGAUUUGUUUCAGAUUCCAGAAGUCGUUGGUCAGGAUUGGGGUAAAAGACGGCGCCUAACCAUUAAAAAAAGUACUAGUACUGGCAAUUUGAAUAGCCACGUCCGGCGUUCUAUAAGUGAGCUUCAAUUGACCCCUUACCAACUUCAGCGGACGCAAAUGAAGCAGAAAUUCCAGUUUCCUAAUGGCGAGAGCUUUACUCCAAGGUCUCAAUUGAUGCGGCCAAGAGAUCAGUAUUCUAUGUACUCGAAUACGGUAGUGAUUGAUGAAAGGUCAGAUCAACGUCGUGCUUAUAGUUUAAGCAAGAUAUAUCGGAUGAAGGAAUCUCAAAGUCUUCCUUCAGUCACGAAUGGGGGGAGUCAGCUUGCUGUCGAUUCUGGUACCGCUUUGCCGCCUAUGGUAACCCACGCUACUGCUCCUGCGAUGUUAUCGAGUGCCACAGAAUAUGAAAUCUCGCAGGACCGAAAUAGGUGGCCACGCAGGUCCAGUAGCUUAUAUAGCAGAAGCAGAUCUACUACUGCUGCCGCUGCCGCUGCUGCUGCACUUUCAGCUACCCAUGCAAUGGGUGACGAAAGUAGCAGUGACGCAGACGCUAAAAAAGAUUAUGGCAAAGUGGAAACUAAAAUAAAGCGUAACGACUCAGUUAGGUCUACAGGUUUUGCCUCUGUGACGGGAGGGCAGGUUUCUCUUCCGAAGUCGCCACUUGUUUCAACAGGGACUGCGACUUCAAGUGUCGGUUCACAGCAGAGCACGAUGACUCGGUCUAAUUUAUCCACUUCUGGAACUACCACCAGUGAACACAGUGAAAUUACGACAAAGGUCCCAUUGCUAAUAGCUCCAACAGUGGUUCAAAUUGAUGAACAACCGGGUUUAUCUGCCAAUCCACCGUCGGCUUCAGAAAUCGUUGAACCAUCGGGGAAAAUACCGGUUGAUAACAAAGGCAGUGAACAGAUCCAACUUAAACGAACAAGGUCGAAGCUUGGUUCUCUCCUCAAGAAGUUCAUUCCACCUUUGAAGAGGAAGAAACGUGCUUUGGACUCAAAUUUAUCAAAUGAUGCUAAUGCUGGGGAAGGGAUUGAAAUCAAAAAUAAUUCUCCUACGCAGACAAUUUUGGACUCGAAUGGAUUAGGCGAUGAUAUAUCAGUACCUUCUGCCGAAAAAACGGACAACGGGUUGUUCGACAUAGAUCUAGUAUUUGAUUCGUUGUUGCUAAAAAAUGGUGGUGAAGAGACACCGGUUACUACUAACAAUAAAAUUCUCACUGGCACAGUUUCCAAUGAAGCUGACAAGGAAACAGUCAAAGAGGAACAGAAUGAGGAAAGAAGAAAUUCCAUAACGUAUGAAAUAGACUACGAUUUGAUUCACGAUUUUUCAAAGCUGGGGCACUACAUAAAUACUGGCGUUGGUGGAAAUAACAUGGAUGAUCAAGUUUCAAGCUUAACACCCCCACCAAGAUCCAAUCGUAGACCAAUUGGCAAAGGUGCGCAGCUAUUUCGUGGCUCCGAAGAAAGAAUUACGCUAGAUAAAGACCAUACUCAGGAAGACAGAAUUUUAAACAAUUUACAAGUCAAUUGGAAGACAGUUCAUAUUAAUGUUACUAUGCCCCGUCAAAACUGUUCCUCUACGAGUUCAAUUAGCAUCUCUUCGCCCACAGAUUCUGCAACAUCUGAAAAAUCCGAUAAAUCUCAUAAAAGGCUAGAAUUUGCCGAUGAUAUAUAUGUCAAUGACACAUAUUCCCAUUUGGAAUAUAGAAGAAGCGAUAAAAACUUCCUAAAAGAAAGAAGGCAAUUGAUGAUGUCAAUCAAAGGAUUAUCAUUCGUGCACUCAGUGAAAGCUGAGCUGAAUGAAUAUAAGAAAUACGAAAUGCAAGUACAUCCAGAGAGUAAGCAAAAUACCCAACUAUUUACAUAG